AGGUAAAGAAGAUACAGUGCUGUUAUCCAGUUGUCACAGGUGAUUGCAUUCCGCUCAUCUUCAAGACUUGUAUUGGAAUUAGAGUGUAAGUUCUGACAAUGACAACUGAAGUUGGCUCAGAGACUGAAGUAAAGAAAGAUUCUGAGCAGCUGGGACCAGACAAAGCCAAGGACAAGCCUGAAGAAGCAUCAGAGACUCCAGUAAAUCAAAAGUCCACGGAAACAUCCUCUGAAGAAGCUCAAGACUCUUCCUCUGCCCCAGCACCAACUAGCCCAAGUAGUCCAAGCAGCCAGAAGAAGGAAAAAGCUUCACCUGAAAGCAAGGGUAUUUCCCGUUUCCUUCCCCCCUGGCUUAAGAAACAAAAAUCCUACACCUUGGCAGAGCCCAAAGAUGAGACCAAGAAAAGGCCCGCAGGGGAAGAAGGAGUAGUUGAAGAAAGUGAGUGCCAGACACCAGAGGGGGCGGCUCAGCCCAAAAAGAGCUUAGAAGAAGCGUCAGCUGAAAAUCAGCAUAAUGCAAAAGCAGAAGACAAGGAGGAGAAACACUCUGUCAGUAGUGCUGAAACACAGCCUGCCAAAGAUGGUAAAGAAACGGAAGUAGAGAAAGUUGCAGAGGAGAAGGAAGAAAAUCAAGAAGAAAAAAGGGAGACAAAAGAAGUGCAGACAGGUGAAAUGAAACCAGAAAGCGUUCCUCAGAAGUCUCCCAAGAAAAGUAAAACUGUGCAGUGCAAAGUGAUGCUCCUGGAUGGCACGGAAUUCAGCUGUGACCUGGAGAAAAGAGCAAAAGGCCAAGUGCUGUUUGACAAAGUGUGUGAACAUCUCAAUUUACUGGAAAAGGACUAUUUUGGGCUGGUGUUUUAUGAGAAUUCAGAACAGAAGAACUGGCUAGAUUCUUCAAAGGAAAUUAAAAGACAAAUUCGAGGUUUACCCUGGAUAUUCACCUUUAACGUGAAGUUUUAUCCUCCUGAUCCUUCGCAGUUGACUGAAGAUAUCACUAGAUAUUUCUUGUGCCUACAGCUUCGUCAGGACAUUGCUUCUGGUCGCCUGCCGUGUUCCUUCGUGACUCACGCCCUGCUGGGCUCCUACACGCUGCAGGCAGAGCUGGGGGACCACGACCCCGAGGAGCACCGCGGGGACUAUAUCAGCCAAUUCCAGUUUGCACCCAAUCAGACCCAAGAAAUGGAAGAGAAAGUAGCUGAGCUGCACAAAACACACAGGGGCUUGACUCCAGCACAGGCGGAUUCCCAGUUCCUAGAAAAUGCUAAGAGACUCUCCAUGUAUGGAGUGGAUUUACAUCAUGCCAAGGAUUCUGAAGGUGUGGAUAUCAUGCUGGGUGUGUGUGCUAAUGGACUGCUCAUUUACAAAGAUAGACUCCGGAUCAACCGCUUCGCUUGGCCAAAAAUUCUGAAGAUCUCCUAUAAGCGAAGUAAUUUCUACAUCAAAGUCAGGCCAGCAGAACUGGAACAGUUUGAGAGCACUAUUGGGUUCAAACUGCCACGUCACCGGGCUGCUAAAAGGUUGUGGAAGGUUUGUGUGGAGCACCAUACUUUCUUCAGACUCUUAUCACCAGAGCAGCCUCCGAAAGCAAAGUUUCUAAUCUUGGGCUCCAAGUUCCGCUACAGCGGGCGUACGCAGGCGCAGACGCGCCAGGCCAGCAGCCUCAUCGACAGACCCGCUCCCUACUUCGAGCGCACCUCGAGCAAACGGGUUUCCAGGAGCCUUGAUGGAGCUCCCAUGGGUAUCGCAGACCAGAGUCUGUUACGGGACUUCCCUGCUGCUGGAGAUAAAAUCCUUGACAUUGAAGCUGCUGGUCAGGCCAAGUUAAAAGAAGGUGGUAGAGAAGAAGAUGGAAGCCCACUCAAAACUCCACAGCUGGAAUUGCCUCAGGAUGGAAAGGUGGAAUCUGAAGAGGAGGAAGAAGAGCAGAAGGACCUGGAUAAGACCCAGGAGGACUUACUGAAACACCAGGCUAGCAUUAGUGAGCUCAAGCGCAAUUUCAUGGAAUCCACACCCGAACCUCGCCCAAACGAGUGGGAAAAGCGACGUAUCACACCUCUGUCCCUACAGACACAAGGGAGCCUAGAAGAGGAGAUAACGUCCAUUCUCUUUAGCCAGGCGGGCUUCUGCGCCGCCGCCCCGCGGCCGGCAGGGGGCGCUGCGGGGGAAGAGGCCGCCGCCCGGGCCGCGCCGCCGCCCCCCCAGGUAGGGGCCGGGAGGGGGGACGGGGACCGAGGGGUCGGGGGUCUCAGCCACCCCCCCUGCCUUAAACUCCCCAAAAAGGUGGCCUCAGCCUACUCGGUGGGGGUUUAGCUUAGGGGGGAGAGAGAGACAGGCAGUUGGGGAGCCGAGUUGUGGGUCUGCAACGCUCCAGAAACAUUAAUCAGCGCUCAUUUAAGCUUCCCCACAAACAUUAAUCAGUGCUCAUU